ACCGAGAUGACGAGCUCGACUCCGACCGCGCCCUCCCCCUCACCGGCAGCAGCAGCAGCAGCUCCCGCUUCCACCCCCGCCUCUAACACAUCGUCCUCUUCCAAACCCUCGAAGCAGCAGCAAUCCUCUUCUCAAUCACAAAAGCCAAAGCCGGCCAACAAAUCCAAAGACAGCGCCUCCGCCGCUUCUGCCGGUGGUGCUGCUGCUGCUGCACCCGCCGACGGCGCAACCGCCCAACUGACCCCCGCCGAACUGAAAAAGCGAGCCAAAGCCGAAAAAGCGGCGCGUCGAGCCCGCGAACGCGCCGAACGCGAGUCCGGGGCUGCUGGAGGACCUGGCGGUGCCGGUUCCUCUGCCGGUGGUGGUGCCGGUGGCGGUGGUGCCGGAUCGUCUGCCGCUGGGAAGAAAGAUGGCGGAUCAGCCGCGGGAUCUGCUGGUGGUGGUGGAUCCAGACAAUUACCUCGUCGGGGCUCGGCGCAGAAUGCCUCGCAGACUGGUGGCGGCAGUACGAAGCAUAAGAAGACUGAUGACAAGAAUGUGGCGGUGUUUGGGCAUUUGUAUGGGCAACAGAGACGGACGACGGUGGCCGGUGCGGGUAAGGAGGUGCAUCCGGCUGUAUUGGCGUUGGGGUUGCAGAUGAGGGAUUAUGUGGUUUGUGGGAGUAGCGCGCGGUGUGUGGCUACGUUGUUGGCUUUUAAGAGGGUCAUCGAAGCGUACACUACGCCCUUGGGAACCUCCCUGCCCCGUCACUUGACUACCUACCUCUCCCACCAGAUCACCUACUUGUCGACAUGCCGUCCUCUGUCGAUCAGCCAGGGUAACGCGAUCCGCGCCCUCAAACUGGCCAUCUCGUCCAUCGACCCGUCCACCCCGGAAGCGGAGGCCAAGGCGUUUCUCGGCGAGUUCAUCGACAGCUUCAUCCGCGAGAAGAUCACCGUGGCCGACCAGGUGAUUGCCAGCAGCGCGGCGCAGAAGAUCCAGGACGGCGAUGUGAUUGUGACGUUUGCUGGCAGCUCGAUCGUGAAGCAGACGCUGCUGCUGGCGCACAAGCAGGGCAAGAAGUUCCGGGUCUCGAUCAUUGACUCGCGGCCGCUGUUCGAGGGCAAGAGCCUGGCGCGCGCGCUGGCCAACGCUGGCCUGGACGUGCAGUACUCCCUGAUCCACGGCAUCAGCCAUGCGAUCAAGGCGGCCAGCAAGGUGUUCCUGGGCGCGCACGCCAUGACCAGUAACGGCCGGCUGUACUCGCGGGUGGGCACCGCGCUGGUGGCCAUGAGCGCCAAGGAGCGCGCCGGGGGCGUCGAGGUGCCCGUCAUCGUGUGCUGCGAGACGGUCAAGUUCACCGAUCGCGUCGCCCUCGACAGCAUCGUCGUCAACGAGAUCGCCGACGCCGACGAGCUGAUCACCGCCGAGCCCAUGCAGCAGCUGACCGGUCUGCCCGACCCGGUGGCGGCGGCGACGGCCUCGGCGGCGGACGCGAAGAAGGGCGGCGGCAGCAAAUCGGCGGCGGCGGCAGCGGCCAAUGCGGCGGCCGAGUCGAACACGCUGACGCAGAACGUCUCGUCGCCGUUGACGGGUUGGAAGGAGUCGGCCAAUCUGCAGCUGCUCAAUAUUAUGUACGAUGUCACGCCGGCGGAGUAUGUCGAUAUGGUGGUCACGGAGAUGGGCAGUUUGCCUCCGAGUGCGGUACCGAUAGUGCAUCGGAUGAGUACGAAUAUGUAGGGCUUUUUGUUGCUGGUUUUAUUGGGUCUAUGUAUCAUGAAUAGAGUAGGAAAAUGUCGCUUCAAUGAGUUAUUGUUAUGAUGAUGUGUAUUUGCUGUGGUGGUCGGCCCGAGUUGGCUGGUCCUGUGGUAGUAGCAGUGAUUGGGCAUAGUGCGAUGGGAUCUUUAGCUGAUU